UAAGGUUUAAAUUCUGUAUCUUUAGUCAAAACUUCUAGACAGUAUAUCUACAAUGAGUUUAUUAUCAGGUAUCAUUCGGCGCGCGACCUUCAAAGUUGGGAUUUAGCGUCAUAAAACGGAUAGUCGGUAAAUCCCUUCGGGUCCAAGGUUCCCGCGGAGUAGAACGUCGUGCGAUCGUAAGGGUUUAAAGAAUAAUCAUGGAGUAGUCGGGCCGGCAGGUCGGGCUGGUGAACAGUCAGCGACAGUCAUCAAGCGGGUUUAGGGGAAAUAUUACGUUAGAGAUGAAUUGUCUGCCAAAAGCGACGAGAUCGCCCUUUUCGCCGUCCUUGAUGGCAGCCUCCCGGCUGUAUCCACCGGCGGAAACGAGACGUCUAGGACUGUCGGAGGAUGUCCAGAUGUCGCGGAUGAAAUCGUUGGACGUUCCCUCCGGCAAACUCGAAUCAUCGAGCACUUCGAAGCCUUUGGAUCGGGGCUCGACAGCGUGUAUAUACGCCAACUCUGGGUGACGGGCUUUGAUCUGUUCCAAAAGAUAUGAGAAGGUGGGCUUGGGAUUCUCCAUGCCCAUGUCUAGAAUCGAAUCGCAUUCAGAAUCAACCACUCAAGUGGAAGGCAGACUUUACCUUGGAAGUUAUUCCACGGGCUGAGACGAAUCGCCGACUUCUUCUGGCCCACUGCGGCAACGACAGCAUCCACAACCUCCAGCGCAAACCUGGUCCGGUUCUCGACACUUCCUCCGUACUCGUCUGAGCGGGUGUUGGAGACGUCCUGCAAGAACUGGUCGACCAAGUAUCCGUUUGCGCCGUGGAUCUCCACCCCGUCGAAUCCAGCCUUCUCCACCGCGUUGACAGCCGCACGUGCGUAGAGUUGCACGUAUUCGGAAAUCUCUGUCUUCGUCAGGGGCGAGGCUUGAUCGCGUCCGCCGGCCGGUCACUAAGCGGGACGUCGGAGGCCGAGACGUAGGGAUUCUCGCCCAAGACACCAGGCUGAGCAGCGCGUCCAAGGGCCCACAGCUGAAGGUAUAUGAACGACCCUUUGGCAUGCACAGCCUCAGUAACCUGUAAAUCACGUCAGAUUUGUCGAGAUUGACGGCGCCGAACCCGUGCACCUCUUUCCACGCAGCAAUCUGAGCCUCUGACCAGAUACCGGGGACGUUUGGGUAGCCCCCGGCACGUUCAUCGAUGAAGCAGGCUUCAGUUACCAGGAGAGUCCCUUCAACGCUCCCUCGCUGCGAAUAAUAUUCUUUCACAUGGGAAAGUGGGACAUUCUUGUCGUCUGCACGGAAUCGUGUCAAGGGCGCCAUCACAACACGGUGCUUGAGCUGUAUGUCGCCAACGACAAUAGGUUGGAAGAGCUUUGGAAUAGAGGUCAUGGUGGCAAAUGGGGUGUGUGGUGAGGUGCCCAGUACCCCGAUCGCCGCUGCAUUUUAUCUGGUUGCACAUUUUUUGCAUUACAAACCUUUUGAUGAAUAAUUCAAGAGAUGACAAAGGUUGAUAUCGUCUAGUAGGUUCUGCGGCUUUUAAUAUCUGCCAUGUUCCGUAGAAUCGGUAGAUGAUAGAGAAUGGUGCUGAGUGGUGCUGCGGGAACCUUGGAUCCGAUCUGAUGAGCAAAUAACCGGCCGCCCGUUGACCAAGAUAAUCGAUAGCGAUACUUGCCUAGUCACUUCGUGGGACCAUCGAUGGCGAUAUAAGUACGUCGGUGUCUACUGUCGUGGUGAAAUGAGCUCCGCCCGAACGGAAAGACCAUCCCUGAUGCUGAUGUCGCAACUGCCAAAGCAAUUCAGAAAUUUCGUUGUCAGCAUCGUGAUCCACGCUCGAACGGGUGCACUAUACAGAGCCCAGACCAGCGUCGACCGCACGAAUAGGCUGACACGCAGUUGGUGAUAUGCAAAAGCACUGACGCAGUUGUUGUGGUCGUCGUCAGGGGGCGUCAUCAUACCGGUGUGAUCGCUGGCUUGAUUCUCGACCAGUCAGUACUAGUUGCUGACCAUCACAUUCUCUCUGCUCUUUCGUUUCGGUUCAUUCUUUCUGGCUCUGUGUACUUCGUCUUCGCGUCUGUCUCCCUUUCUACCAUGGCUUUCUCAACUGUAGGAAAAGUCAAAGCCACUGCCCACGUCCUCAUACUCGUUCUGAAUCUGGUCGUUCUGGUGCUUUCCACCCGAGUAAACCUGUUCCAAGACUUCUUCUUUGUCGCCGACAAGUUCCCGUUCAUUCUUUCCAUUGUCACCGCGAUUGUCCUAGGGUCGAUGACCCUGCUCGACUUGGUCUCCAGCACGGCCUUCACGGGCCGACCGCAGUUUGAGGUCGGCGUUUUCGCCGUGUUGGGCAUUUUCUGGCUCGCGUUCAAUGCGUUUUCGACGUCGCGCUGGAGGAUGGUGCCGACAGAUUGCAGCGUUAUCCCCAGUGCUUUCCCGGAUGACAUCCAAUGGUGCCACGAACUCGGUGCAUUGCGGGCAUUCGUUUGGCUUGAAUGGGUGAUCAUGACCAUCACUUGUCUCGCGACUUUGAGAUACUCCGUCACUCAAAAUACGCGGGGCCACAAACACAUCUUUAAGAUGCCGUUCUCACGUUACUCGCCGACGAUCGUCAUGCACCCGUCGUUCAACUACUACGCGCAGGAUUCGCGGUAUCAGUUCAAAGCUUGAGCAGGGCUCAAGAUCGCGAUGGGAUUGGGUUGCGGUCAACUCCGCUGGUGCAACAAGUUGCAAGUGUCCUGGAGGCACUUGGUGUCACGCGCGCGCUGAAUCUUCGGGUUUUCAUGUUGUUUUCUAUAUGUUUGUAUCAUACCCUUCCGGAACCUUUUCCUCGUCGGAAAGCUGUAUCAAAGAACGAAUUUGGCGUCUGGAAAGGUGGUCAUCUGCGUAAACAGAAGCCUGGAAGGUCUGCGUCGGCGCAACCGAGCACGAUCUCGUGCCAGAUCUCGUGAUCGGAGGCGAAGAUCAAGUCGCUUCUUCGAGGUUGCUCCAAACCGUUCUUGCUGCGCCAAAGUUCGCCAGCCUCUGCUUUGACUCCUCUAAACGGGAAUUUAUGCACGGGGUGGACCCCUCCAUCCCAAGUAUGUAUGAGAAAGGCCGACACCGACAUUCAUCACCUGUAGGCACCCCGUCGGAUAUACACGCAGAGCCACUGCUUCGCCGCGGUUCAUUCCAAGGACACUGUCAGAUAGAUGCCCCUUCUUUCACUCGUGGAUACCCCCAUGACCCAGUGGAUCACCCAUGGAUGGGUAUAUAACUGGGUCCGGGACUGGUGCCAUGUGCCGACAUCGCGCACUUGGUUAGAACUUCCGAUGCGGCUCCGCAACAUCGCACUGAAUACCGUGCUUGGGACCGCCGCUGUCGUCGGCACGCUUGGUGUCCCCGCAAACUUCCCACGCAGUGGAAAUGGCCUCUGGUUCUCAAAUGUGGGGAAAGUGUGGUCCUUGGAUUAUCUGCCAGUGGGGAACGGAUAUCUGGCUGCGAUGACGCCGGGUGGGACGGUACAGGAAAGCAUGCAACUGAACAUCGAGAGUCUUUGGUCCGGCGGCCCUUUCCAAGAUCCAACAUACAAUGGAGGCAACAAACAAGCCGACCAACUCCAGGAGAUGGCAUCGGCUAUGCAACAGUAUCGCUCGGCGAUUUUCGCCAGUAAAACGGGGGACAUUGCCAAUAUAACAACCCUGACUACCGAUGCCGGAGCGUACGGGUCGUAUGUUGGUGCUGGUUAUCUGGUAUCGACGCUCGACCUGUCCGGGAAUCAGACCAACGUUGUUCGAUGGCUCGACCUUGACCAGGGUAUUGCCCGGAACACGUGGACGCAAUCAGGCGCUGGCUUCACUCGGGAGACCUUCUGUUCUCAUCCGACUGAGUCAUGCACACACCAUAUCUCUUCAACUGGAAAGCAUCUGCCCCUCACAACCUUCGCGUUUUCUUCGGCGCUCGAAUCCGGUCUCCCCACGCCCAACAUCACGUGUCUGGACUCGCAUACACUGAGAGUGCGGGGAACAGCUGGCGAGCCGGGUAUGCUGUAUGAGAUACUCGGACAAGUGAUGAGCUCCGGAGGGACUGUUGCCUGCUCGGCAAGCUCAUCCCCAGCGAACGCCACAAUUUCAGUGACCGGAGCGUCCGAAGCCUGGAUCACAUGGGUCGGAGGAACGGAAUAUGACCAAAACGCUGGAGACAAGGCCCACGGCUUCUCGUUCCAGGGACCUGAUCCGCACUCUGCGCUUGUGCAACUCAUCGGCAAGCUCCCGACGUCUUACACCUCGCUUCGGGCAGCGCACUUUGCAGACUUUGAUGGGGUGCUCAACAAGUUCUCGCUGUCGUUGGGCACCGUAGGCUCGGAGUGGAAGAGCAAGUCGACGGAUCAGAUCGUCGCGAGUUAUCAAGUCGACCAAGGGGACAUCUAUCUCGAGUGGCUGAUGUUCAACUUUGGAAGAUAUCUGCUUGGGAGCAGCGCCCGGGGUGUGCUUCCGGCUAACUUGCAGGGGAAAUGGGCGCUCAGUACGGGGAACCCAUGGAGUGCAGACUACCACUCAAACAUCAACAUACAAAUGAACUACUGGUCGGCAGAAAUGACGAACUUGGAUGUCUCUGGGCCGCUGUUCGAUUACUUCGAAAAAAACUGGGCUCCGCGGGGAGCCGAGACCGCUCAAGUGCUGUACAACAUCUCGAGAGGCUGGGUCACACAUAACGAAAUGAAU